CGCCCAUUUCAUACUUCUUGACCUCACGGGCUCCUCUAUCCGCUUCUUGGAACGUCAAGUUGGAUUAUUGUACCAUUGUGGUGCCGUAUAUUCUUGAGGCUCCGAACUGAGUUUGAUGUCAUUGUCAAAAAGGAAUUCUUUGGUGCUAUAGACUCAGACUGUAUCAACGGGUGGUGUCCACGGCUCCUAUGUCUGAAGGCGUUUAGCACAGCCGCCUCUUUACUGACAAGGCAAAUGUGCUUGAAAGGGAACCACCAAUACAUGCGGUGCAGCCAAAGCGCACUCAGCGCACGCACUGCACUAUGUACUUAACACCUGGGCGCAGCUUGUCAAGUUCUCAGCCUAAAAGGUCAUCGAUGAUGCAUGUGUGUUAAAUUUCAAGAAAAAAGGGAACAUUGGGGACUUGGCAAAGCUCCACACCCCUUUUUCUUUCUCUAGUCUUCUCACCAUCAUUAUUCCAUUUUCAAACCAAUCAAAAAGAUGGCAGACGUUCAACAACCAGAAGGCGAUGCGCCACCUGCUUAUGGACUUCCAAACAUUUCCAGAGAUGGCGAAAAAGUGGCAGAUAUGGAAUAUUACGAUCUUCUUGGCGUUUCUGCAAAUUCGACAGAAUUAGAACUUAAAAAAGCAUAUCGUAGAGCAGCAAUCAAAAGUCAUCCAGAUAAAGGUGGAGAUGAAGAAACAUUUAAGAUGAUUGGGGAAGCUUAUCGUGUUUUAAGUGAUAAUCAUUUACGCGCUGAUUAUGACAAACAUGGAAAGAAGAAGCCAACAGACGAAGUUGGUUUGAAAGAAGCAACGGAAAUGUUUGGUAACUUGUUUGGCGGUGAACGAUUCAUUGAUUUAAUCGGAGAAAUCUCACUCUUGCGUGAUUUCGGAAAAGCAUCUGAAAUCAUGAUGACAGAAGAAGAACGGGAAGAGAUUGAAAAGAAUAUGCGGGAAGAACAAAAGAAGAACAACCCCGAAGCUGCAGCUCCAGCUGAAAAAGCAACAGCAUCUGCAGGAGAGCCUACUACCACAUCAACGACUUCAACAAGUGAAGCAGCUGUUGCCGCUGGUAAAAAACCUGCCAAGCCAAAGCUCACGCCUGAACAACGACAAAAGCUUGAAGCUUUAGAAAAGGAAAAGCGAGAAGCAGAAGAAAAACGAAUCAUUGAUCUUACACAAAAGCUCAAAGAUCGUAUCAGACCAUUCGUUGAAGCACGUAAUCCGGGCGAUAAGGAUGAUUCUGAAACGCAAAUUUGGAGCAAAAAGAUGCAUCACGAAGCGGAAGAUUUGAAAUUGGAAUCGUUUGGAAUUGAACUUUUACAUACGAUCGGAAAUAUUUACCUUACAAAAUCUGCAACUUGGGUCAAAUCACAAAGACAGAAUUUCUUAGGCGUACCUGGAUUCUUUAGCCGAUUAAAGGAAAAAGGAAGUAUGGUCAAAGAAACUUGGGGUUUGAUGGGUAGUGCAAUGAGCGUUUUGGUCAGUAUGGAAGAUAUUGCCAGACGACAAGAAAAGGGAGAUGUGGACGAAGAAGAAAUGCGUAAAUUGGAACAAGAUAUGAGCAGCAAGAUGCUACUCGCGACAUGGAGAGGUGCACGUUCAGAAGUAAAUGGUGUUCUGCGAAAAGUGUGCGAUAAUGUCUUGCACGAGAAGGGUGUAGACAACAAGACCCUACUCUAUCGUGCUCGUGCACUUGCUUUCCUUGGCGCAAUCUACAAGAAUGUUCAACCUGAGGAAGGCGAUGAAGAACGAAGAGAAUUGGAAAGGUUGGUGGCUGAAGCAGCAGGAAAGAAUAAGAAAAAGAAGGAAAAGAGAAGCAGGUUGGGCACACCGGCAGCAACCGCCUCUCCUGCUGAAACCGGUACACCUGUACCUGAAAGCGCAGCCAAAGCAUGA